CGGCAUGGCGGCGGAGGCGCGCGCCUGAGCAAGGGGACGCCGAUCACCGCUCCCUCCCUCCCCCUCCCUUCCCGGUCGUCAGGCCUCGGCGCGGCCUACGCGGUUCUUUUCCGCUCGCCUCUUCCCUCCCCCUUUUCCCUCUCCUUCCCCGAGCCCGGCCAUGGUGGAGCCUUCGUCCGCCCGACGUCCGGUGCCUCUCAUCGAGUCCGAGCUGUACUUCCUCAUCGCCCGGUACCUAUCGGCCGGCCCGUGUCGCCGAGCGGCCCAGGUGCUGGUGCAGGAGCUGGAACAGUACCAGCUGCUGCCGAAGAGGUUGGACUGGGAGGGCAACGAGCACAACAGGAGCUACGAGGAAUUGGUCUUGUCCAAUAAGCAUGUGGCUCCUGAUCAUCUAUUGCAAAUCUGCCAGCGCAUCGGCCCUAUGCUGGACAAGGAGGUCCCACCCAGUAUUUCAAGAGUCACUUCUUUGCUUGGUGCAGGAAGGCAGUCUUUGCUACGUACAGCAAAAGACUGCAGGCACACAGUGUGGAAGGGCUCUGCCUUUGCUGCUCUUCACAGAGGAAGACCUCCUGAAAUGCCCGUGAAUUAUGGUUCCCCACCAAAUGUUGUGGAGGUACAUCGAGGAAAACAACUCACAGGGUGUUCCAAUUUUAGCGCAGCAUUUCCAGGAACUAUGUAUCAGCAUAUAAAAAUGCACAGAAGGAUUCUCGGUCACCUGUCUGCUGUGUACUGUGUAGCAUUCGAUAGGACAGGACAUAGGAUCUUUACAGGUUCAGAUGAUUGCUUGGUAAAGAUUUGGUCAACCCAUAAUGGCCGCCUACUAUCCACGUUAAGAGGCCAUUCUGCAGAAAUCUCCGACAUGGCAGUGAACUAUGAGAACACGAUGAUCGCGGCAGGGAGCUGCGACAAAAUCAUCAGAGUGUGGUGCUUGAGGACGUGCGCCCCAGUUGCCGUGCUGCAAGGACACGCUGGGUCAAUUACGUCUUUACAGUUUAGCCCAAUGGCUAAAGGCCCUCAAAGAUACAUGGUUUCCACUGGUGCUGAUGGGACAGUUUGCUUUUGGCAGUGGGAUUUAGAAUCUCUGAAAUUUAGUCCACGCCCCCUGAAGUUCACUGAAAAGCCUCGGCCAGGAGUUCAGAUGCUGUGCUCUUCCUUCAGUGUUGGUGGUAUGUUUUUAGCAACAGGCAGUACCGAUCAUGUAAUCAGAAUGUACUUCUUGGGUUUUGAAGCACCUGAAAAAAUUGCAGAACUUGAGAGCCAUACUGACAAAGUAGAUAGUAUCCAAUUUUGUAACAAUGGUGACCGGUUCCUAAGUGGCAGCAGAGAUGGGACAGCACGGAUUUGGAGAUUUGAGCAGUUAGAGUGGAGAAGCAUUUUAUUGGAUAUGGCUACUAAAAUCUCAGGAGACUUAUCUUCAGAGGAGGAAAGGUUUAUGAAACCCAAAGUAACAAUGAUAGCUUGGAAUCAGAAUGAUAGCAUUGUUGUCACUGCUGUGAAUGAUCACGUGCUCAAAGUGUGGAAUUCUCAUACUGGACAGCUGCUUCACAAUUUGCUGGGUCAUGCUGAUGAAGUGUUUGUUUUGGAGACACAUCCCUUUGAUUCCAGAAUUAUGUUAUCUGCAGGACAUGAUGGCAGCAUAUUUAUAUGGGAUAUUACAAAAGGCACCAAGGUGAAACAUUAUUUUAAUAUGAUUGAAGGACAAGGACAUGGAGCUGUGUUUGACUGUAAGUUUUCACAGGAUGGACAACAUUUUGCCUGUACAGAUUCUCAUGGGCACCUUCUGAUAUUUGGUUUUGGAUGCAGCAAACCAUAUGAAAAGAUUCCUGAUCAGAUGUUUUUUCAUACUGACUAUCGACCACUGAUCAGAGACUCUAAUAAUUACGUCUUAGAUGAGCAAACUCAGCAAGCACCUCAUCUAAUGCCUCCACCAUUUCUGGUAGAUGUAGAUGGAAACCCUCAUCCAACCAAGUAUCAGAGAUUAGUGCCAGGUCGAGAAAAUUCUGCAGAUGAACAUUUAGUGCCACAGCUAGGCUAUGUGGCCACAAGUGAUGGGGAGGUAAUUGAACAAAUUAUAAGCCUGCAAAGCAAUGAUAAUGAUGAAGCAAGUCCAGAAUCCAAUAUUCUUGAUGGAAUGAUAAGACAAUUGCAGCAGGAACAAGAUCAAAGAAUGGCAGCAGAUCAGGACAUGAGUUCAAGCAGACAUCCCAAUGGGGAAGAAACACCCCGAAGAGGUUUUAGAAGAGUAAGUUUAGACAUUCAUUCCCCUCCAAAUAUUGGCCUGCGUCGCAGUGGGCAAGUGGAAGGUGUUCGGCAGAUGCAUCAAAAUGCUCCACGGAGCCAGAUUGCCACAGAACGUGACCUGCAGGCGUGGAGACGAAGAGUGGUUGUUCCAGAGGUGCCACUAGGCAUAUUUAGGAACUUGGAGGCCUUUCGAAUAGAGAAAGGUGAAGAGGAAAGAAAUCUCUAUGUAAUAGGAAGAAAAAGGAAGACUCUUCAGCUCUCACAAAAGUCAGAACCUAAGGUUUUGGUGUCACAGUCUAGACAAAGGACUUGUAGGCGUAAAUAUCCAACUUACAAUAGAAGAAAUACAGAUCAACAUGAGUUAUCUUCUGGAAAUGAAUCUUCAGAUUCUGUAAGACAUGAGACUUCCUGUGAUCCCAGUGAAGGUUCCUGCUCUUCAGAAGAUGAUGAAUGGAAAAGUGACAGAAAAAGUGAGAGUUACAGUGAAAGCUCAAGUGACUCUUCAUCUAGAUACUCAGAUUGGACAGCUGAUGCAGGGAUCAACUUGCAGCCACCUUUACGAAUGUCAUGUCGCCGACGAAUUACCCGAUUCUGCAGUAGCUCAGAGGAUGAAAUGUCUACAGAGAAUUUAUCUCCUCCAAAAAGAAGAUGGAAGAGAAAAAAAGAAAGUAAGCCUAAAAAGGAGAAUUUGCAAAGGAUGACUUCAGCAGAGCUUGUGAAUAUGGAACAUUUAUAUGAGUUUCAUCCUCCCGUUUGGAUAACAGACACCACACUUCGAAAGUCUCCUUUUGUCCCUCAGAUGGGAGAUGAGGUCAUCUAUUUCCGACAGGGUCAUGAAGCUUAUAUUGAGGCUGUCAGAAGAAAUAAUAUUUAUGAACUGAACCCUAACAAGGAACCAUGGAGAAAACUGGUUCUUAGGGAUCAAGAGUUGGUCAAAAUAGUUGGAAUAAGAUAUGAAGUUGGGCCACCUACACUCUGUUGCCUCAAACUGGCAUUUAUAGAUCCUGCAACUGGAAGACUUACUGACAAAUCUUUCUCUAUUAGAUAUCAUGAUAUGCCAGAUGUUAUUGACUUUCUUGUGUUACGUCAGUUUUAUGAUGAAGCAAGACAGAGGAAUUGGCAGUCUUGUGACAGAUUCCGGUCUAUUAUUGAUGAUGCUUGGUGGUUUGGAACUGUGUUAAAUCAAGAACCAUAUCAGUCACAGUAUCCUGACAGUCACUUCCAGUGUUACAUUGUUAGGUGGGACAACACUGAGAUUGAAAAACUUAGUCCAUGGGACAUGGAACCAAUUCCUGACAAUGUUGAUCCACCUGAGGAGUUAGGAGCCAGUAUUUCUGUCACAUCAGAAGAGCUAGAGAAAUUGCUCUACAAACCACAAGAUGGUGAAUGGGGUCAGAGGUCCAGAGAUGAAGAAUGUGACCGUAUUGUCAGUGGUAUAGAUCAACUUCUAAAUUUUGAUAUUGCAGCAGCUUUUGCAGGCCCGGUUGAUCUGUGCACAUACCCGAAGUAUUGUACUGUAGUGGCUUAUCCAACUGACCUGUACACUAUUCGAAUGAGGCUUGUCAAUCGAUUUUACAGGAGGCUGUCUGCAUUAAUUUGGGAAGUCCGAUACAUAGAAUAUAAUGCCAGAACAUUUAAUGAACCUGAAAGUGUAAUUGCAAGAUCAGCUAAGAAGAUAACUGACCACCUCCUAAAGUUUAUUAAGAAUCAAGAUUGCACAAAUAUCUCAGAACUGUCUAAUACAUCUGAAAAUGAGGAGCAAAAUGCCGAGGAUUUGGAUGAUAGUGAUCUUCCUAAAACAUCUUCUGGAAGAAGGAGAGUCUGUGAUUGGACAAAAAGAAGCAGCAAAGCUACCAACCUUGUGGAAAGCAACUGGAAGAAGCAGUGUAAGGAACUAGUGGACUUAAUUUUUCAGUGUGAAGAUUCUGAGCCAUUUAGACAACCUGUUGAUUUAGUUGAAUAUCCAGACUACAGAGAUAUUAUAGACACCCCAAUGGACUUUGGAACAGUAAGGGAGACUCUGGAAGCAGGGAAUUAUGACAGCCCUUUGGAGUUCUGCAAAGACAUCAGAUUGAUAUUUAGCAAUGCAAAAGCUUAUACCCCCAACAAAAGAUCAAAGAUUUACAGUAUGACGUUGAGACUGUCUGCCUUAUUUGAAGAAAAAAUGAAGAAAAUCUCUUCUGAUUUUAAAAUUGGUCAAAAAUUCAAUGAAAAACUUCGACGAAGCCAGAGAUGCAAGCAAAAGCAAAAUUGUAAUGGUAACAUUCAGGCUAACCAAAGCAUAAGAACUAUCAAGCAGAUGCGAUUAAAAUCUCGAAGCAAGGUCAUUCCCGAGUUGCUGUGUUCUCCUACCCAGUCUACCUCAAGUCUGGCAGCCUGUUCUGCAAUCCACAGAACACGUACUGGCAUUUCUUCAGCUCUCACUUCUGGCGACUCUUCAGAUUCAGCAGGCUCAUUGGAAACAACGCCAAGAAACAGAACUUUAAUUCUAAGCAAUGGGUCUGUGCUAUCUGAAAGUGAAAUGGAAGAUUCCUUAUCUACCUCUUCAUCUUCUUCACCUUCAGAUAGUUCUGAAGAAAGCAAAGAAAGUUCAAGGGGUCGUGGGUCCUCUUUGCGUAGUGGUCUCUUCAGAAGCAGUAAUUUUAGGAUUACCAGAACUAGAGCUGCUCAAAGAAAACCUGGUUCUGAUUCUUUAGAAAAUGGGUGUGGCAGAAAAGCUACUCGAAAGAGAGCCUAUUUAAGUGAUUCUGAUACCAAUUCCUUAAAAACAGAAGAAAUUCUAAAAGCCAGAGCAGGAAAUAACCGUAAAGUCCUGCGGAAAUGUGCUGCUGUAGCUGCCAAUAAAAUCAAGCUGAUGAGCGAUGCUGAGGGCAAUUCUAGCUCUGAAAGCGCAUGCUCUGCUCGGAAGCUGCCUCACCGCAAUGCAUCUGCUGUAGCCAGGAAAAAGCUGUUGCACAAUUCUGAGGACGACCAGAGUCUCAAGUCAGAAACUGGAGAAGACCUGAAAGGUGAAGGCCUAAGUCCGUUACUGUCUCAUGCUCACGCUGCCCAGAGCACUGUCAGGGUGUCUGAAGACACAGAUUCCGAAUCAGACAGUGAUUUAAUGCCUGCCCGGAAAAAUUGGCAUGCUAAUGGUGUUACAUCCCAUCAUCCAGUCACUUGUAAAACAAAAUCUCUUAAGCUAGAGUCAUCUGAGGAAGAUUCUAAAAGUCCUGAUUCAGAUAAUGGGCAGAACAAAACUGCUGGCCCCUCCACAUCUGGGCAGAAGCUUGAGGCAGAGAGCCUGUCAGAGGAAGCAGACUCUGAACCAGAAAACAGUACAUUUCGCAAGAAUGCAACCUUCUUUAAGAAAGCUAAGAUCUUAAGUGAUUCUGAAGACUAUGAUGAACCAGACACAAAAGAUGGUAAAUGUGACAAAAUGGAAGCAAGCCCUCUUUCUGGAAAUUUGAAGUGUGAGCCCGUUGCUGUUCCUCAGGGUUUCUCGGAUCAAGGAUCUGAAACUGAUUUGGAUUCAGAUGAUGGCAUAACCAAAGAAAAACCACCCAGCGUCAUGAAUGAUUCUGCAUUACAAGACAGUGGACAAAACAAAAAACCUCCCAGGAAGAGGGUAUGUUCCAGUGACUCAGAAAGUAAUUUAAAUGUGAUUAAGAGAUCAUCAAAAGCCAAAACAGGUCUCCUGAGGCACACUCGAAGCAGGGCGGACGUGGCUGCCAAUAAAAUAAAGCUCACGAGUGAUGGGGAAGAUGAGAGUUCAGCGAGAGUAUGCACUAGAAGCAGAAGUAGAGGGACCAAGGCCCUCCGUUUGGUUUGUCCUGCUGCGAAAACGGCACGGAAUGAUGGUGCUAAACAUGCCAGCUGUGAUACGCCAAAUGAGCAGCAGGCUUGCUCAGGCCAGCCACCAGAACCUGACUCAGAAGGAAGCUCAAGACACACUAGUCAGUCAAAUGAAGACUCAGAUUCUGAAAGCAUUUCAAAUUUAGAAUGCAAGCAUAGGCUCUCUGAUAGUCACUACACAAAUGUACCUUCAAAAGCAAAAAGUUUCUCUCCUGGGUUUUCAGAAGAUUCCAAAAGCCAUGUUUCAGGGAGUGAGAUUAGUAGUAGCUUUUCUUCUGAGUCAACUUCAGUGCAAAAAGCUACUGUAGAGCCUAACUUUGAAGAACUGAAUUACGGUUUACGUAGGUGGAAUGUCAAAAGACUCAAAACAUAUGCCAAGGCUCCUUUUAGUAAGACGAAAGUGAUUCAUGAUCUACAGGCAACAGCAGAGGUGGAAAUGAAAAGGAAAAGGUUGUGUCCUGAGUUAGAAAACGUGCAGGCAUCUGAAGCAGCUGGGAGCUCACAGUGUGGACCCAACUCCAGUCCCCAGCCAUCAGAUUUGGGAUCGGGAACUGAAUCAGAUAACAGCGGUACUAACAAUACAAAAACCCAAAGGAGGAAAACGAAAGGAAAAACAAAAGUAGUUAGAAAAGGUAAAACUAUUACAACUAACAUAUCUAAAAAUGUGGGACGUCCAAGACAAAGCAAACGUCCUAGGUUAAAUGUGGAUGAUAAUGACUGGGAGGAAUUGGACUAUGCAAAGUCUAAAGGAGUUCUUCGACGGUCAAAAAUAAAAACAAGAAAUCAGGGUAGAAGGACCGUGAGAUACCAUGAUGGGGAUGAUGACAGAAGCAUAGAAAAUGGGUUAGAGUUCAAUGAGUGCACCUUAUGACCUUGAGGAAAGCCAGUUCAUUUAAGUAGGAAAUGGACUGCAAUUUAUGGUGAAAGGUGGCCAAUGAAAUUAUUUUUUGUCUUACAAUUCAGGGAAUAUAUUUAUAUUUUUCUAUGAAAAGUUAUGAAUGUGACUAAAUCAUGACUGUUAUUUUUAUUUGCACUUGCUGGUUUUUGUAGCAGCAUUCAGCAUAGGUGCCAAAUAUGCUUCGUUUUGGGGGCAGAUGUACUUUUGACAGUAUUUGACUACAUAAAGUAAGAGUUUAAGAUGUGCUAAACACUAGACAUUGUGGUUAUCCAACCAGUGAGCAUUACUUUCAUAGUAGCAAGUGUCCAGAGGUGGUAGCUUCUGUAGAAUCCCUGCCAUAUAGAAAGAGCAGUUUCACGUAACCUAUGUUUACAGAUUCAUCAUAUUUUGUGCAUACUGACAUAAUCAUGGGAAGUGUAACCAUGGUUAGUAGGCAAGGUACCUACCACUCUUUUUUAAGCCCUUUCCCUGAAGACUUGAGUAGAAUACGUUAUACAUUUGGUUAUUUUCACUGAAAUGGUUUAAUUUUCUUUCUAAAUGCUGUUGGGCCUCUUCUUUUUGAAGAAAACAUCAUUUUCAUUUUUAUAAACUUGAAUUUAUAAAGUGCUGAUAAAUUAUUUUUAAUGUUUUGAGUGCAUAUUUUAAAGUAAAGAGUAUAGUUGUAUUAUUUUCUUUAAAUUGUGCACUAAGAAAAUGUUACAACACAUAAUGUGUCUUGUCCACUAUCUCCUACUUUUCAUUGUAAGGGAUUCACUAAAAUCCUACUUUAUAAUCUUCCUCUGAAAUAGAGAGGUUUGUGUGCCUUAGAUUUAGGUAGUGUGUUCUUUAAUACGUGUGCAGGGCUGAGAGUAUUUAAGUUAUAUGUAGAGUUCCCUUUGUAGGAAAAUUGUAGAGUUGAAUUAAGAGUGCAAUUGCAAAUCUAUGUAGAAAAAUAGUUAAAACAUUCUCAAUCUCUGAGCUCACUGCUACCAGGUGAAAUCUUAAGCAUUCUUUGCUCGACAAGUGUACCUUUUUACCAGUGAUCUCUAAUCUAAGAAACUACUGUGUUCUGUGGGAAAUAAUUUUGACAUCCAUUUGGAAAACUACCAUGUCAUCCCAGAUACCAUAGAAACUUAUUUUCUAGUCAAA